GCGUCUGAACAAGAAUAAAUUGCAAGUUCUUCCAGAGCUGCUUUUUCAGAACACACAGAAGUUAACUAGACUGCGUCUGAACAAGAAUAAAUUGCAAGUUCUUCCAGAGCUGCUUUUUCAGAACACACAGAAGUUAACUAGACUAGACCUGAGUGAAAACCAGAUAAAAGGAAUCCCUAGAAAGGCCUUUCGAGGAAUCAUUGAUGUGAAGAACUUGCAACUGGACAACAACCAGAUCAGCUGCAUCGAAGAUGGAGCCUUCCGAGCCCUGCGCGACCUGGAGAUCCUUACUCUCAACAAUAACAACAUCACCCGCAUUCCUGUUACCAGUUUCAAUCACAUGCCAAAGAUCAGGACUCUGCGGCUUCACUCCAACUUCCUGCACUGCGACUGCCACCUGGCCUGGCUGUCUGACUGGCUGCGGCAGAGGCGCACUAUCGGGCAGUUCACCUUCUGCUUGGCACCUGUAAACCUGCGGGGUUUUCUAGUGGCGGAGGUUCAGAAGAAGGACUUUGUCUGCUCUGGUUCCCAGUCUGAACCUUCGUCAUGCAGUGCCAGUUCCAUCACCUGCCCAUCUGCCUGCACCUGCAGCAACAAUGUAGUGGAUUGUCGAGGAAGGGGCUUAACAGAAAUUCCAGCUAACCUACCAGAGGACAUUUGGGAAAUACGUUUGGAACAAAACCUCAUCAAAAUCAUUCCCCCUGGAGCUUUUACCCAGUACAAGAAGCUUAAGAGAAUAGACAUCAGCAAGAAUCAAAUAUCUGACAUUGCGCCCGAUGCGUUCAAAGGCUUGAAAUCUCUUAUUUCAUUAGUGCUCUAUGGAAACAAGAUCACAGAGAUUCCCCAGGGCCUUUUUGAUGAUCUUGUGUCUCUGCAGCUGCUGCUUCUCAAUGCCAAUAAGAUCAACUGCCUGAGGGUAAACACGUUCCAAGGUCUGCAUAAUCUCAAACUGCUAUCUCUUUAUGACAACAAACUGCAGACCAUCAGCAAGGGGCUCUUUGCACCUCUCCGAUCGAUCCAGACUCUACAUUUAGCUCAGAACCCAUUUGUGUGCGACUGCCAUUUGAAGUGGCUGGCUGAUUACCUGCAGGAUAAUCCGAUAGAAACCAGCGGCGCUCGAUGCAGCAAUCCGCGUCGCCUUGCCAACAAACGAAUCAGCCAGAUCAAGAGCAAGAAGUUCCGCUGCUCAGGGUCAGAAGAUUACAGAAGUAAAUUCACCGGGAAGUGUUUCAUGGACCUUGUCUGUCCUGAGAAGUGUCGCUGCGAGGGAACAAUUGUAGACUGCUCUAACCAAAAGCUCACCCGAUUACCCAGUCACCUUCCUGAAUAUACUACUGAUCUGCGUUUGAAUGACAAUGAUAUUUCUGUUUUGGAAGCCAUCGGACUCUUCAAGAAAUUGCCCAACCUCAGAAAAAUAAAUCUAAGCAACAAUAAGAUCAAGGAGAUCCGAGAAGGCACAUUUGACGGAGCUUCAGGAGUGCAGGAACUGAUUCUGACAGAAAAUCAACUGGAAUCAGUGCAUGGGCGAAUGUUUAGAGGCCUCACAGGGCUAAAGACAUUGAUGCUAAGGAGCAACUCUAUCAGCUGUAUAAACAAUGACACCUUUGCUGGACUGAGCUCAGUGAGGCUUCUUUCUCUGUAUGACAAUCACAUCAGCACUAUCACUCCUGGAGCCUUCAGCACAUUGGUCUCUCUGUCUACAAUUAAUUUGCUGGCUAACUCCUUUAAUUGUAACUGCCAUUUGGCCUGGCUGGGAAAAUGGUUGAGGAAGAAGAGAAUUGUCAGUGGAAAUCCACGCUGCUUGAAACCCUUUUUUUUAAAGGAUAUUCCAAUCCAAGACGUAGAUGUCCAGGAUUUCACCUGCGAUGGUAAUGAUGAAAGCAGCUGUUUGCUUACACCUCCUUGUCCUUCCCAGUGCACCUGUGUGGACUUGGUGGUACGUUGCAGCAACAAAGGGCUGCGGAUGUUGCCCAAAGGAAUUCCCAAAGACGUGACUGAGCUAUACCUGGAAGGAAAUCAUCUGACUGCUGUGCCGAAGGGGCUCUCCGCCUUCAGACACCUGACACUGAUUGAUUUGAGCAACAACAGCAUAAGUGUAUUGGCUAAUUACACCUUCAGCAACAUGACUCAGUUAUCAACACUCAUCCUGAGUUACAAUAGACUUCGGUGCAUUCCAGUCUACGCGUUCAAUGGGCUCAGGUCUCUUCGAGUGCUGACACUCCAUGGAAAUGAUAUUUCCAGUGUUCCUGAAGGUUCUUUCAACGACCUGGUGUCCCUGUCCCAUUUGGCUCUAGGUACCAACCCUUUGCACUGUGACUGCAACCUCCGCUGGCUUUCCGAGUGGGUGAAGGCAGGGUACAAAGAGCCAGGGAUAGCCCGCUGCAGCGGGCCUGACGCCAUGGUGGACAGGCUGCUGCUCACAACACCGACUCACCACUUCCAGUGCAAAGAGCCAGUAGAUAUCAGUGUUGUGUCCAAGUGUGACCCCUGCCUCUCCAAUCCAUGUAAGAACAAUGGGACGUGCAACAAUGAUCCAGUGGAGUUUUAUCAAUGCACUUGCCCUUUUGGCUUCAAGGGUCGAGACUGCAGUGUGCCCAUUAAUUCUUGCAUUCAAAAUCCAUGUCAGAAUGGAGGGACCUGCCAUCUCACCGAGGCAAAUAAAGAUGGAUUCAGCUGUUCUUGUGUCCUUGGGUAUGAGGGGGAGAGGUGUGAAAUAAACCCAGAUGACUGCGAAGAUAACGACUGUGAGAAUAAUUCUACAUGUGUGGAUGGGAUCAACAACUACGUCUGCCUCUGCCCUCCCAAUUACACAGGUGAACUGUGUGAUGAGGUGAUUAACCACUGUGUUCCUGAUCUAAAUCCAUGCCAACAUGAGUCCAAAUGUCUUCCCCUUGACAAAGGAACCAGAUGUGAGUGCUUACCGGGUUACAGUGGAAAACACUGUGAAAUAGAUGAUGAUGACUGUGUGGGCCAUAAGUGUCGCCAUGGAGCUGUCUGCGUAGAUGCAGUCAAUGGCUACACCUGCGUCUGUCCUCAGGGUUUCAGUGGACUUUUCUGUGAAACUCCUCCACCAAUGGUUCUGCUCCAGACAAGCCCAUGUGAUAACUACGAGUGCCAGAAUGGGGCCCAGUGCAUCGUCGCGCACCAUGAGCCCGUCUGCCGCUGCCUCGCUGGCUUUGCUGGGCAGAAGUGCGAGAAGCUCAUCACAGUUAACUUUGUUGGGAAGGAUUCCUAUGUGGAGCUGCCAUCUGCCAAAAUUCGCCCUCAGGCAAACAUCUCCCUCCAGGUAGCAACAGACAAGGACAAUGGCAUCUUAUUAUACAAAGGAGACAAUGACCCUUUGGCUCUAGAGUUGUACCAAGGACAUGUGAGGCUCAUCUACGACACGCUGAAUUCUCCACCUACCACAAUAUACAGCGUGGAAACAGUGAAUGAUGGGCAGUUUCAUAGUGUGGAACUCGUGAUGCUGAAUCAAACUCUGAACCUGGUGGUGGACAAGGGGACUCCCAAGAGUCUAGGAAAACUCCAGAAACAGUCUUCUGUCAGCCUCAACACACCCCUCUACAUUGGAGGGAUCCCGACCUCUACUGGAUUAUCUUCACUGCGCCAGGGUGCAGAUAAGACACCAAAUGGUUUUCAUGGAUGUAUUCACGAUGUCCGCAUCAAUAACGAGCUGCAGGAUUUCAAGGAUUUACCACAGCAGUCACUAGGAGUCCUUCCUGGCUGCAAAUCCUGUAACAUCUGCAAACACGGUAUUUGCCGGUCCCUAGAGAAAACAAGUGUGAUUUGUGAAUGUCACCCAGGCUGGACGGGUCCCCUGUGUGACCAGGAAAUUGGAGACCCAUGUAUUAACCACAAGUGUCUGCAUGGUAAGUGCAUGGUGGCCAAUGUUGCUUACACCUGUAAGUGCAUGGAGGGCUACACAGGCAUGUACUGUGACAAGAAGAACAAUUCCUCAAAUCCCUGCAGGAUUUUGAAAUGCAACCACGGGCAGUGUAAAAUUUCCGAGCACGGGGAACCCUACUGCGAAUGCGAUCCUAACUAUAGUGGAGAACAUUGUGACAGAGAGAAUCUCUGCCAAGGAGAGAUAAUUCGAGAAGUAGUCCGUAAGCAGCAGGGCUACACGUCGUGUGCCACUGCCUCCAAAGUGCCCCGCCUGGAAUGCCGUGGCGGCUGCGGCAACGGGCAGUGCUGUGUUCCUCUCCGGAGCAAAAGGCGGAAAUACUUCUUCCAGUGUGUGGAUGGCUCCACCUUCACGGAAGAACUGGAGAGACAUGUGGAAUGCGGCUGCUCAAAAUGCUUAUAAGCCAUUCUCCAGUCUCUUGCCACUUUAAUCGACUCAGAAGCGCUAUCAAAACGGGACCUAUUUACUUGCAGAGUGAAGAAGAAAAGAAUUAUUAAGUAUAUUGUAAAAUAAACAAAAAAUAGAACUUAUUUUUAUUAUGGAAAGUGACUAUUUUCAUCUUUUAUUAUAUAAAGUAUCGCACCACUUUGGGUAUAUGUAUCAUAUAGUGAGUUAUUUUUACCAUGAAACUUUUUUAACAGUUGUAAGAAAAA